ACCCCCAGAACCAAAUGGCGGACCCCAAAACGAGGAGGACUCAUACCCAGGCGGAGCUGAGGAAGCUGAACCCCAUGCAGAGAGCGAGGGUUCUGGCUUACGAGCAGCCUGGGAAAGAGGUGGCGGCCUCGGUGCUCCUCGCCAAGGGCCGGCUCAGGGAACAUGCCACGAAAUCUGCCCAGGAGGCGCCGCCGCCGAGGACUCGGGACCCCGAGCAGGAGAAGCAAACCAAGGUGGUGGGACAUCUGAAAGCCGCAGAGGCCAGAAACCGCAUACGGCUGAUGAGAUUCCGCUUCCAGUGCAUGAGGGCCCAGGAAUUGGCCAACAUGAUCUCCUGCCAACCCGCAGCCCGGGACGCCAUCAGACUAGAAGUGUUCCUGUCUUCUCGGCCAGAAGCUACCAGCUCCCAGGUCUCUUUGGGCCGGUUCCAGAGGGAGCGGGUUGAGGAUCUCGUGGCAGAUGACGGAGGAUUACUAACGAACCGGAUCCCAUGAAGCCACAUGCU